CUGCCGAUCAAGCAGAGGAUGUUCCUUCGACAGGACUUCGGCAGUUAAAACCUGCCUGCCUGCCUCUCUCCCUGGGCCGACCGUCAAACAGUGACACUUCUCCCUAUCUUUGUCUGGAUUCUUUGCUGGAAUGGCGCCGUCCAAGCCUCGUGUGCUCCUCGUCUUAACCUCCCACGGCGUACUGGGCGCGUCGGGCAAGCCUACUGGCUGGUAUCUGCCUGAAUUCGCCCACCCGUAUCGCCAACUGCACAAGAUCGCGGACAUCACUGUAGCGUCUCCAGCCGGCGGUGAAGCUCCUCUUGAUCCAGGCUCGGUCGAGAGCUGGAAGCAGGAGGAGGUGUCUGCCCAGUUCUUGGAGACCCAAUCCCAUCUCUGGAAAAACACAGAGAAACUCGACAGUUUCUUGGGCAAGGCCAACGACUUCGCAGCAAUCUUCUACGUAGGAGGCCACGGUCCAAUGUUUGAUCUUGCAACGGAUGCAAGUUCGAUCCAACUCAUUCGCGAAUUCUUCGAAGGCGGCAAAGUGGUCGCGGCUCUUUGCCAUGGGCCCGCCUCGCUGGUCAAUGUCAAGCUCUCGGAUGGCAGCUACCUUGUGGCGGAUGCAGAGGUGACGGGCUUCUCCAAUGCCGAGGAGGACUCGGUUCACCUCUCCCAAUUCAUGCCGUUCAUGCUGGAGACCGAGCUCAACAGAAACAGCAAUGGAAAGUACAUCAAGGCAGACAAGCCGUGGGCUGAGUUUGUGGUCGUGUCGAAAGGCGGACGGUUGAUCACCGGCCAGAACGCUGCGAGUGCCACAGCCACGGGGAAUGCAAUUGUGGAGGCCAUUACCAGGACCUAGCACUGAAAUAUAGGCGACUGAAACGUACACCCAGGAGAGGAACGGUCUUUCGGGCUGUUGAAUAUCACGGCGUUGUAUCAGCGUUGUCUCCGUGCCUCUUCUCUCGUAUGGUGUUCUGAUCCGUCAAUGUGCACCCAGUUGACUCUCCCUAUACUACGCGUCGUAGCCGCAUGUCUCGACAAGGGAACAGUUGCACGGGUCUGGAAACGAAAGGUGGACUCUGUUGAGGUCAGGACCAAGGGCGCCGGAACUGGCAAUAGGUGUUUGGACACUCUCGACUCAACAAACGCGGGUGAGACUGACGGCAUCUGUAUUCGUGGACGAGGGCGACAUGGUGGAACGCCGCACCAAGAACCAUGCAAACGUGGAAUUGCUGAUGUGAAUGGCCCCAGACGUCGAAGGACCCAGGACUGAACCUUUCGGGAAUGCAGCCAACAAAC